AUGCUACGAACACGAGCAUGGCGCGCCGAAUGCAAGAGACAUAAGAUCAAGUGCGAGCCCGUGGAUAAUGAGAACAAGUGCGCAAAGUGUCUGAGGAGCGGAACAGAAUGUGUACCGUAUAACUUGAAUCAACGCCUUUUAGACGAGGAUGCCACUUGGAAAGCAAAUGCGACUGCGGAAAUACAGCAGUUGCGCUCAGCAGUCGAGCGUCUCCUCCAACACAACAAGCUCCCCAGCCUGCAGGACAGCUCUCAACCAGAACCAUCACCCCAACCACGUUCAGCACGAACAUCAACCAUUAGUCCACCAAAUGUCGUGUCUGAUAACGGACAUACAACUUUGGUCGUUCCGCCUCCCAUGGACAUGACGCGCGAUACCUCCGUCGAGCGCGAAUCUGGAGAAGAAUCCGGCUUGGUGACCGCACCGAUGAGAAGUUUGUACGACCUCACGCGAAUUCGCAAUCUCCGUAGUAGUGCACGAAGGAAACCAAACUCCAACCCUGUAGAGCAAGAUUUCAUUGCGCAAGGUAUUGUGUCACUAGCAGAAGCAGAAGCCCUGUUUAAGCGGUAUAUGCAAGACCUGCGACUCUAUCUCUGGGCUGGCGUACUUUUCCCAUAUGACUCUCUCGCCGCAGCACGGCGGCACUCCACGCUCCUGACCGCCGCUGUCUUAACCAUCUCAGCUCUACACACACCCGGGCGAGAUGAAGCAUUGCAAAAGUGCUACGAUGUGUUUGUAUCCCUCGUCUACAGCACCUUUCUGGCCCGCCCCCACAAUCUGGACGACAUUCGCGCCUUAGCCCUCGCAGCAUUUUACCUCUCAAACCUAAGCUGGAAACUCGCGGGCCUCGCCGUGCGAAAUGCGGUAGAAAUGAACAUACACAUGUCCUACCAAAAGCUAACACGCGGCCACGAAGACCAGCGCGACAACGUCCGCCUCUGGUAUGCCCUGUACGUCUGUGACCACCAAUUCAGCAUCGCAUACGGCCGACCAUCCAUCAUCCACGACGACAUCGCCAUCAAGAACAUCGAGCACUUCCUCGACAGCCCCAAAACCACGCCCGGCGAUAUCCGGCUCGGAGCCCAAGUAACGCUAUUCAAGAUCCUGACAGAAGCCUACAUGGUGUACGGGAGCGACCCCGAGCAACCCCUUACCGAACCUGAUUUCCAACAACUCCGCCUCUUUAACUUUGCCAUUGAACAAUGGCGACUAAGCUGGCAAACACGAUCCGCCGAUAGCCCCGCCAUCGGCUCAUACCCCUCGAAAGGCGUAGUGCUCUACUACCACUUCGCCCGUUUCCAACUAAACUCACUUGCCCUUCGUGCCCUCCCACCUCCCAGCGCAGCAACGUCGGAGUCGCUAUCCUACGACCGCCGGGAAGCCGCAAACAUUGCCAUCUCCGCCGCCACCAGCACAUUAACCCUCAUCUUCGAGGAGCCCGACCUGCGCAAAGCCAUGACUGCCGUCCCCAUCUUCACGCACACAAUGGUUGCCUUCAGUGUUACUUUCCUACUCAAGAUGGCGCAAACAUGGGGCGGUGUUGCGCAGGUCCAGUCGCCAGAGUGGGCGGCUACGGAACCUGUGGGAUUGGGCUUGAAUUUCAAUAUUAACCAGGUGUUGUCGUUGUCGAGGCGGUCGUCGUCGUUCUUGGCAAAGGUGGCAAGGGAUUUGAAUGAAAAACAUAUUACGCGGCAUAUUGUUCAGGGUAUUGAUGAUUUGUUGAAGAGGAUUGAUAUUACUGGGACACCUUCGUCUUCGUCUUCGUCGGGGGCGUCUGCUACGGCUGUGGUAGUGCCUGAGCCUGCACAGGUGUUUCAGCAUGUCAAGGGGGGUGCUGUUACAUCAGGCGGGGAGCAGAUUGCUGCGGAUCCGACAAAUGAGUAUAACAUGUAUGAUCUUAUCGGUUCUUAUGGGUUUGGGUUUGAUGAGACGUUCCUGGGUCAGGUUGCUCCGACGAAUCUUGACUUCUGGCAGACGGAGCCUUUUUGA